AGUUAACACCAUCCCCACUUAUACUUGUGUUAACUUUAUCUAACGAUCAUAAUGAGAAAUCUCGCCAAAUCGAAACUUUCUUCAACGUCAAUGUGAUUUGCACGGCUUGACUAAAUCACCACUACGCUAUUAAAUGCGGUGGGAGCAGUGUUCAUUCCAAAUGAUAAUCGUUAUCAGAUCUCGGUUACACUGAGAGUUACUUUUGAUUGACUUAAACAACCCUAUCCGGUUAUACCGGUUUUGUAAAACGACAGAUCAUGAAUAGAUGAAGGUAAUCUACAAUCUAUAACUCAACUUUUGACAAGAUGUGUAUGUAAUACGUCUUAAUCUUUUCAUAUGUAAAAUGCAAAGAGGAUUUAUUUUCAAGGCAUAGAAUAGCGGCCACGCAAAUCUAUUUGAUGCAGCAAUCACCCAAUGAUGAGUGAAAUACUGACAGCAAAAACUUAAUGAAAUCCAAGACAACCGAAUGCUGUAAUACCGCUAUAAUAAACGAGUUUUACAAUUCAAUAAUGGACUGGUAAUUAUCCAUUAAAGUGGAAAGAUGAAUUAAAGACUAAACUGUAAAAAUCUAAUUAAUGUAAGGCAUACAGUUAAGAAGGAAUUGUUGCGCCACGGAAUAUUAAUGACGAGAAGUCGUGACUGCUAUUACAAGGGAUAAUAAUAAAGUCGAUGUCGAUGUGAUAAUCCUUCGUGAUAUUUUCUAUAUUAAUAUACUGUGAACAAAACAUAAGGGUAUGUCACUAUCAAACGCAGUUUGUGAGGUGGUCUUGAAACUGGACAUAUUCUACCAGGAAGACUGAUAUUUAAUCAUAAAGGACUGCUUGCUCUUAUAGUUCGCAUUUCGCCCAUUAGGUUAGGAAGUGCCACAAUACAUAUAAAAGUACAAUUUGAUUUUAUACAGAAAUUGUGAUUGGAGCAGAACUGUAAUAGGUUGUGUUCGGGUUUUCUUUUCCACUAAUGGCUUUGUGAACCGUGGUGGGUAUUGAGAUUGAUUCUGGAACCUCUUUUAUUGUAAAAACAGGAUCGAAAUAGAACUCAAGAUACUGUGAUAUUUAGUGGAUUUCCAAGUGACUUGAAAAAUAAUAAUCUGUACCAUUUGUGAUCACGAUAUAUUUUCUCGAGAUUAAAAAAACUUAUAAUCGGAGAGAAUUUCCAGGUUCCUACAUGUAUAUUAAUAAGACAAGUAUACAAUCUGCGACCAACUUUAAUCCUAUCAUGUAUGAUAAAACUGAUGGGGAUUGGUCGGUGGCGGAAGUCGUUUUACUAAUAUCAAUGGGAUUGUUCUGUCUGAUCGCACUCAGUGCCAAUUUAUUGGUUAUAACAACUAUAUUAGUAACUCGCAAACUGCGGUCUGUGUCUUCCAUAUUUGUUGUCAACAUGGCGUUCUGUGACCUUGGUGUCAGUCUUGUUUCCAUGCCAUUGGUGCUCAGUGCCCUUUUUAAUGGUGGCUGGAUUUAUUCACAGAUGGCGUGUUCUAUAACUGGAUGCAUUUUCACCGUGUUUGCAGUCGGGUCCAUUCUAUCCGUAGCCAUUGUUUCUCUAGAUCGUUUCUUCGCUAUAAUAUAUUGUUUACAAUAUUCGACGUGGAAAACUUCACACUAUGGAGGCGGAGUUCUCUUGUGUUUGUGGAUCCAGGCGCUACUAUUUGGAUUGUCUCCCCUGGUAGGCUGGAGUGAAGUUAGUUUUGACAAGUUGCGCUAUAUGUGCUUGAUUCGGUGGGACGUAUCUCUAAGUUAUGCCAUUUUGAAUUGUGUGAUAUGUUUUUGUAUACCGCUAAUAAUCAUGACCAUUUGUUAUGUAAAGAUUAUUCAAGUUGCUCAUCAGCAUGUGCGGCAGAUUGAAGACACUAAUCAUCAUAUCCAAAGACACAGUCCAGAAUCUAGCCAUAUUAGCUUAAACGGUGCCGUAGCCGCAGCCGCCAUGUUUUCCGUGCGUCGCCUUUCAAUGUUAAGUUUUCCUGGAUCAGUAGAAGAAAUAACAACCGCUAUAGACGUUGAUUUUAACAGCGGUGCUUCAACAACCACGACCGCCUCGCCGUUUAGGAGAGACGUGCGAACUAUUGUGCGUUUGUUGGGUCUGAUCGUUGCGUAUGCGUUGUGUUGGUCGCCGUUUGUCUAUGUAAAUAUAGCACAAAUCUUGAAUCUGAACAUUCCAAGUUAUAUGCUUACAUUGUCUACCUGGUUCGCUUUAAUGAACAGCUGUGUUAAUCCCUUCAGCUAUGCCAUAUCCAGCAAACGUUUCCGUUUUGCAACCAAGAAACUCUUUAACUACAACGACAGACAUAAGUUUAAUGUAACAAAUCCCAGCCAUGCGAACAACCAAUCUUCUUAUUCAGCGUUUUUAAAAACAUUACGCUCUCCGUCUGUCUCCAGUGACCCAGGGGACAGCAGAAGGUUAAUGCGAAUGCGUUCAAUGGACCGUGCUAUUCGUAAUGUAACCGAAUUGCGACCCUCUUCUGCGUCUGCGCCGGAUAUCAAAAAGGUUAAAAUGUCCUCCCAAUAUUUACAAGUUCCGCAGCAAAAAAUUCCCUUUAGUGGUUCAACCGAAAUGCCAUUACAAUAUCGUGAACCGGAUAUACUUCCAUUAAAAGACAGAAACACACUUGGAAGUGGGACGAGAAGAAACACCAGCCCAGAAGCCAUUGGUCAAAAUAACAAUGUAUUAGAGGACUUUGUAUUUAGUAAAAAUAACAAAGCAAAAAUUAAAAUAAAAUUUGAUCUUGUGCCAAAUUAAACAAAACACACAGAGAUUAAGUAUUAAUGUUUGGAUUAUAUUAAUCUUAUAGAUUUUUUUUUUUUACUUUGCUAAACAUCAAACUUUUGUUAAUAUUGAUACUAAAUGUAAUAUGU